GGGCAGCCCAAGCCCUAUCCCCUCCACCAUGAUUGAUCUACUAAACCCUACGUAUAUAUCAUCAACUCAUCUUCUAUUUUACCGUCCAAACAUUAUCAAACCAAUUCCACCUAAAAUCCUCUCUAUUAUACCCUUUUCUCUUCAUUUUGUUUAAAAUAAUAUUACUCCGUAUAUAAAUAUAUACCCUCAUAUAUCUCAAUCCGUAUAUCUAUGUGGAGUAUAUAUAGAUAAAUUAUCAUAUGUAGAUAUAUAUAUAUAUAUAUAUAUAUUUAACAAAUAGAAGAAACUUUUUAUUUUAGUAUGUUUCCAGAACUGAAAUCAUGAGUCCACACAGGUAAAAAGUUUUCCGUUUCUUCAAACAGCCAUCCUCCAAUAUCGAAUGGGGCCUUCUUGUAGACGACGAAAACAAAAAGGUUCACCGAAAUCAAGAACCCUUAAAUCCUCACCGUCCGAUUCUCCCGCGGAGACGAAGUCAACCGAGUCAACGGUCAACGCUAUUGACCAAGAAGGGCGGCCUGGUGGCGGCGAGAUUGAAGCGGCGGCGGAUGAUAUUUGUUUGACGCCGAAAGCUGAGAGGUUUCGGAUACCGAAGAUCAAGACGUGCCCUCCGGCGCCAAAGAAGAGGCGGCGGACGACUGUGGGGAAGAGCUGCUCGGUGCGGCGAAUACCCAUCGCGUUCUUUGCUCCGGCGGACUUAGACCUCUUCUUUUACGUUGAACUUCGCGGCGGCCGCGGCGGAGUUCCUGUUUGAAUGAUAAGUUGUACUGGUGUACUCUCUCAUGUUAAUUAUUAAUUAGUUUAAUGAAAUAUCAACCCUACUUUAAUUGUUCUUUUAUGAAUUUCAAUUUAGUGACGCUUGAUUUCGUAGUUGUGUGGUAAAUUAUGUUUAAGCCCUUUUAAUUAUCCAAUUAGUUAAUUAUCAUCA